AUGGCCCAGAAGGAAGACAUGCAAGACAGGAUCACUACCCUUGAGAAGCGCUGCCUCAGGGCACAGCACGAAGCCACCUCUCUGCACGACCUCCAGGAUAAACUUGAAAAGGAGAUCGCAAAGAAGGACUCUCUGCAUCGACAGACUGCGGAUCAAAACCGCCAGUUUCAAGAGUGCCUGGAGGUGGCGGAGCGGAAGCUGCAGCAGACCCCGAGGAAGGCCAAGUCGCUGCCCGAGGUGGAAGCCGAGCCGGCCCAGAGGGUGGCCACCCUCUGCAAGGCCGAGCAGAGGCGUGGCAACAUCGUGGAAAGGCUGCGCCAGAUGGAGGCCCAGCUGGAGGAAAAGAACCAAGAACUGCAGCGGGUAAGGCAGAGAGAAAAACUGAAGGAAGAGAGUAAUCAACAUCUGUCCAACACUAUUGACAAGCUCCUUUCCGAAUCUGACGAGCGUCUUCAGCGUCAUCUGAAAGAGAGAAUGGCUGCUGCGGAAGAUAAGGAUCGGCUUCUACAAAAAAUGGAAGCACUGAGUGCCAUAUUAAAGCGGGCAAGAUUCAGAGGCUCUUCGCUUCACCAUGGGUAUGACACUUCCCGGUUCACAGAUCUGUUUGAGAUGCGGCUGGGGGCGGCUUCCCUCUGUCACCAGUGUGACCCGAACCAGCUCAUGGUUCCAAAGUAG